UUUUCAACCGGAAGAAUGUGAAUAGAGGAAGAAGAGCAACCGUUGUUCACCAUCAUUGCAGCCUCUCAAAGCACAUUUCGCAGUUUUUGAUUAGAGCACGUUGUUAGCCUGCAUGCGUCGAGUUGACUAAGUCCGUGUUCUUUUAAACGUUUUACACUUGGUGCGUUUGUCAUUUUAAAUCGACGUAUUGAGGUUUUUUUCCCCCUCUGACGUUUGAAUAACUGUCUCGCGGAUAUCGGUGGCGCGUUUAUCGCCAUUUUGCGCGUUCAACGACUCGAAACCAGCAAAAAGAAUGGCCGAGGCGGACCGACCGGGGAAGCUCUUCAUCGGUGGACUGAACACAGAGACCACCGAGAAGGCCUUGGAGCAGUACUUCAGCAAAUAUGGCAGGAUUGUCGAAGUGCUUCUAAUGAAGGACCGCGAAACCAACAAAUCGAGGGGCUUUGCAUUUGUUACCUUUGAAAAUCCGGCAGAUGCAAAGGAUGCAGCCCGUGAGAUGAAUGGAAAGUCUCUGGAUGGCAAGCCUAUUAAAGUGGAGCAAGCUACAAAGCCUCAGUUUGAGAGUGCAGGCAGACGAGGGCCUCCAUCCAUGCAUCCUCGGAGCCGGGGACCUCCAAGAGGACCUCGUGGGUCAAGGGGAGGCAUGAGGGGUCCCCCAUCUAGAGACUACUAUGAUUCAGAAGAUGGAGAUGGCUACUUUGAUCGGAUGUCGUCCAGAGGGCCCCCUCCAAUGAAACGAGGUCCCCCAGUUCGCAAUGGAGGUCCUCCCCCCAAGAGGUCUGCCCUAUCCGGUCCCAUGAGCAGGCCUUCUAUGUCCAGAGACCGGGAUCCCUAUGGCCCCCCACCUCGCAGAGACUCCAUGUCCAGGAGGGACGAUUAUCAGUCACCAAGAGACGACCAUUACAACCCUAAAGACGGAUACUCUAGUCGGGAUUACAGCUCAAGGGACCGGGACUACGGACCUCCCCCCAGAGAUUAUUCAUACAGAGAAUAUUCUAACUCUGGCUCCAGAGAUGAUUAUGGCUCAAUGUCAAGAGGAUACAGUGACCGCGAUGGUUAUGGAGGCGGCCGAGAGCCAAGAGGCUACAUGGAUCGUCCCAGUGGCGGCUCCUACCGAGAUUCCUAUGAUGGUUAUGGUAACUCUCGCAGCGCCCCACCCUCACGGGGCCCCCCACCAUCCUAUGGUGGAGGCGGCGGAAGCAGUCGUUACGAUGACUAUGGCAGCAGCUCCCGGGACGGCUAUGGCAGUCGUGACAGUUACCCCAGCAGCCGGAGUGACCCAUACCCUCCCAGCCGUGGAGAGAGAAUGGGCAGGCAGGAAAGGGGCCCGGCCCCCCCUGGCGAGAGAGGCUACCCUCCUCGUGACUCGUACGGCUCAAGUCGCGGAGGGCCUCGCGGCGGCCGCGGUGCCGGUCGGCCCGAUAGAGGAAUGGCUCGCAGCAGAUACUAAAAAAAUGGACUUGGAAGUCUCAUUAAUGCAAACUCUGACCUUCGUUCAUACGUGACACAUGUUUUGGAAGAAAUCUGAUGAAUACAAACAAAAUGUGUCUAACUCUGUGACUUAGGAAACUUAGCUUUGUAUCUUUACUUUUCCCGUUUUUAUGUGAUUUUUUUUUUUUUUUUUUCCUUUAUUUUUUUUUUAUAUAUAGUAUUUCUUUACCUAUGUCACAGUGUAGUUAUCAAGUGUUUUUUGUCGGCUCAGUGUGAUUCGAUUCUGCAAUGCCCUAUAAAUAUGGCUUUCGUACGUUAAUAAAGCUUUUAGUUGUAACUCUACAUCUCCUCAUCAAUUAUUCACCUCGAGAUUUCUGACAUGAAUGUGGGGGGGGGGGGGGGAAAGUGACAACAGCAUCCAUCAACUUUGCAAAGCUCUGUAAUGCAUAGGUGAGUCUGUUCGUGCUAUAUGAUGGAGUGGAAUGAAAUAUUCUUAAACACAUGUGCUUCCGACUGGACACUACUGUUUGCAAGAUGGGGGGGAAAAAAAUGUUACUGUCAAAAUGUUCCAAUGUAGUUCCCCUUGGAAAUGGAUCCGUCACCCUUGAGCAAUUUGACGGCACACAACGACAAAACCAAAGGCAACAAGCAAACACAACUCGACCGAUAGUCAUCAGCUGGUAAGCAAAGCAAACCUCUUUGUUUCUCACCUGUAAAUGAGUUAACCAUUGUCCUGUAUUACUCAAUCUUCACUCCAGACAACUGUCGCCUCAGGGAACAAUGCAAUACGGAGGUCAACUGAAAUAAGCCCCUUUUAAUUGCUUUUAGCAGGUAAAUUUUUAGUUUUUUUUUUUUUUUAAAGAGCAACAACCCAUGAGGAUUCCUUCCUUUUCAUCAACAAGAUUUUGCCAAUCUGAGCCCUUUGAAACGUACCAUUUUUGCCCAACGAGCUGUGCAGCUUGAGUCGAAAGAAUUGGCGACAAUAUAUCUCAAGAUCACCAGUGUGAGAUCCAGUAAAAAAAACAUUUGUCUUUAGGAAAAACCAAGCAGGCUCAAAUUGUGUUCAGUAACCAAACCUCUUCUGCAAGCAUGCCCGUUCAAAACUGGAGACCUGUGGAGAAACGACAUCAACCCAACAGCCAAACUGGGGGGAGAAGGAAAAAAAUCACUAUGGAGAAACUUGAAGUUGGAUUAAGGACUACAAUAUUUUCAUUUGCAAUAGUUUUCUUUCUCUUUUUUUUUUAAUACACACUUAAGUCAAGUACAGCAAAGUUAAUUGUUUUUCUUUGUUGCAGGAUAAACGUCAAAGAUAUGGCCGCUGAAAUGUACCAGAGAUCUUUCCUCCCGUUGUUGGACCGGUUUUCCCAGAGCAUCUUUAUCAACCUAAGCGCUGGGGCAGCCCUCCGUUGCAGGUGUUGGCUGAAACAAUUCGACUGGAAAAAAAUGUUGGAAGUGGACAGAAUCCAGAAUGAAGUUAUUUAAAUUUGCCUUUUUGUUGCAGUUUAAAUAAAGUUUUAAAAAGAGA